AUGAAAUUGUACCCACUACUGCUCAAGCCUCCAAGUACAACAACGCAUAAGCGAAUCACAAGUAACGGUAGUAGAUUCUAUCCAUACUUCAAGGACUGCGUUGGAGCCAUAGAUGGUUCACAUAUCCCAGCAUGGGUUCAAGUAGAACAACAUCGUUCAUUUCGUGAUAGGCAUGGAUGUAUAUCCCAAAACAUCCUAGCUGCAUGCGAAUUUGACAAGAAGUUUACAUAUAUACUUGCUGGCUGGGCAGGAUCGGCAUCAGAUUCUCGAAUAUUGGAUAAUGCCAUACACAGGGUAGGAGAAGGAAGGUUAGUGGUACCUGAAUGCAAAUUCUAUCUUGUUGAUGCUGGGUUUUCUAAUCAGAAAGAAUUCUUGAGACCAUUCCGUAAUGUUCGAUAUCAUGUGAAAGAGUGGAAAAACUCUAAUUUGGGGCCGCAAGAUAAGAAGGAGUUGUUUAAUUUGCGACAUGCCUCUUUGCGUAAUUGCAUUGAAUGUGCGUUUGGUCUCUUGAGGAAAAGAUUCAAGAUAUUGAAAAAUCAGCCUGAAUAUCCUUUUAAGACACAAGUCAAGAUUGAGGAAGAGGAGUCAUUUUUCGAAGCUGAGGAAGAAGAAGAAUCUACUUCCAACAGUGUUAGCAUAACAGUAGAAACAGAUGUGGAACCUGAGGAUGAUGACAAUGUUGUUCAAGGUACUGGUAAUGUGGAAUGGGAUCAAUUCUGA